AUGGGUGGGUGCGGAUGUUAUCUGGGCCGUAUGGAUAUCCAGGCAGCAGCAGGCUACGCACUGCUAGGAGUGGACCAUGAAGGCCACGGGCUAUCAGCUGGUCACCACGGGCUAUCAGCUGGUCACCACGGGCUAUCAGCUGGUCGCCACGGGCUAUCAGCUGGUCGCCACGGGCUAUCAGCUGGUCGCCACGGGCUAUCAGCUGGUCGCCACGGGCUAUCAGCUGGUCGCCACGGGCUAUCAGCUGACGUGGCAGUGAUGCUGGCAGCAGCAGGCUACGCGCUGGUGGGAGUGGACUACGAGGGCCACGGGCUAUCAGCCGGACGGCACGGGUACAUCCGCAGCUUCACUCGCCUGGCAGACGACGUGAUUGAGUUCGCCAACAGGUUAAGAGGUUCGCCCAACUGCCGUUUUUCCUCUAUGGGGAGUCCAUGGGAGGGGCCAUGGCGAUUUGUGUUCUUAGAGUUGACUACUCAAAACAUGUCUCCUCUUUUACCACACACCCCCUUCCCCCCGUCCCCACCAGCAAACCCUAGAUUCUCCCAUCUGCCGUUUUUCCUGUAUGGGGAGUCCAUGGGAGGGGCGAUGGCGAUUCAAGUGGCAAGGAGGGACCCCACUUCUUGGAAUGGAGCAGUGCUGGUGGCACCCAUGUGCAAGGUCGGUCCAGUGCGGUGUAGUGUGGUUAUGAGUGGUGCAGGCAGGUUGGUGUUGAACGACUGUGUUGUGCUCCGUGGCGAGUCAGGAUCCCGCCCCUUGGAGCGGAGCAGUGCUGGUGGGGCCCAUGGAGUCCAUGGGAAGGUGGAUGGCGAUUCUAGUGGCGAGGAGGAAGAGGGGGUGCUGCCGUUCCAUGGGGUCCACCAGGAACGUUCUGUCCUCUCUCUCUCGUCUCUCCUUCGUCUCUCCCUCUCCUCCCACCCCGCACUCGUCUCCCCCUCCCAGAUGGCGCAAGAAAUGACACCCCCAGCACCAGCCAUUUUCGUUCUGAAAUGCCUAUCAUACAUCUUCCCCACCUGGAAGCUCGUGCCUAUGGCGCAAGAAAUGACCCCCCCAGCACCAGUCAUCUUCGUUCUCAAGUGCCUCUCAUACAUCUUUCCCACCUGGAAGCUUGUGCCUGUCAGCGCCAACCCUGACAACUGCUUUCAGGUGCCGGAGAAGAGGGAGAGGGUGGAGAAUCAUCCCUUUGCACAUCACGCACCUGCGUGUAUCUAUACCGUGCCAGAGAAGAGGGAGAGGGCUGAGAAGCACCCCUUUGCAUAUCAGGACAAGCCCCGCCUGGGCACGGCGCUGCAGCUGCUGCGAGUCACCCAAGACAUUGGCGCGCACAUGGAGGAGGUGACAGUCCCUCUGGUCAUCCUGCACGGGGCAAAGGACGUGGUCACCGUCCCCCUCCUGAUUCUCCACGGGGCCAAGGACAUGGUUACGGACCCAGCAGCCAGCCAGGAGCUCUUCAUCCGAGCCAGCAGUGCCGAUAAGGAGAUCAAAAUCUACGAGGGGUGCUGGCAUGCCCUCACAUGCGGUGAGCCUGAUGACGUCAUCGCCAGGGUGGUCGGGGAUAUUAUUGCGUGGCUCAAUGCCAGGAGCCUGCCGCCCGGUUCUGCGCCGGCCGGUGGUGUGGUGGAUGGUACUGCGCCGCCCGGGGUGGUUAAGGAGGGUGGUGGAGGGGAGGUGGGGGAUGCUACUGCGAGUGAUGAGAUGUCGAAAAAGGCCGAGCGAGAGGGAGGAGGUGGGCUGGGAGGAGACGUCGAAGGGGGGGUGGUGGCAGCGGGAGGCGGUGACUGGGGAGCGGGAUUAGGAAGUGGUGGUGCUGCUGGUGGUGCAGGGGAUGAUGUUGGGGAUGGUGGCGGGGAUUUUCCCCCAGUUGUGGGGGAGUUUGGUGGGGUGGUUGCGGAGGGUGCUGGUGCUGGUGUUGGCGCAGGGGGGGUGUGGUCGAUGCCUGGGAGCACGAGGACAAGUGGGAAAAGGGAGACAUACGGGAAGUGA